AUGGCUCCUCCUCAACUUCGUGGAUUUGUCCAACGUGACCUCAGAAAUGCAAUUAUACGAGCAUUGGGUCUGGCAAUGGCUUUCGGCUUCAGUUACAAGUAUUUUGUCGCUUGGCCAAGAAGAAAGGCGUAUGAAGAUUAUUAUUUGAAUUUUGACGCCGAAAAGGCAGCCAAGGAGAUGGAAUCGGAAAUGAGUGCUUAGAUGUCCUUAAUAUUCAAUGUAUAUCUGUUGUCAUGAUGCUGAGUAAGUAUUAGGGAGUUUUACAACCAACGACGACGUAAAAAUUCGCGCUUAUCCCAUCUCGUUCAUUUCGUCAAAUGUUGGCUUCUUUCUUGGAUCGCCGAGUUGAAUUUAAAAGGGCUGUAUCAAAGUGCAGGAAAUGAAAAAGAGAGUGGUUGUCUUGUGUUGACUUCUUCCACAAAACGUGAAAUUAGGCAAUUUCACGUCGUAAUAGUGCAGUGACGGUAAAGAAAUGUACAAAAAAGCGUGGUGCAUGUGUAGAUUUGUUGUUUUGAUAGACACAGACAGCAUGACGGCAGUUAUUUCUUUAAACUGAAUUCAGGUGAAUUGCUUUCUUUCAGCUGUUCUUUGUUUGAAUUUCAGGUAACUUGUUGUUCGCCGUCUUCAGUGGACAAUGUGUAGCAGUUCAGCUUCAAUUGUGCCAUAGCCAGGUCCCUUGACUUGUCGUAGAUAGUGUCAAAAAAUAAAAUAUUGUUUAAAAUAAUAAUAAUAAUAAAAACUAUUAAAAAAUUGAUGUUAUGUUCCGCCCUUUUAACGCAAUUUUAAAAUAACCAGCUGAAGAAUUCAAUCGUGUGAGUAACAGUGAAGGAAGACUCAAACAUGAUUUGUGGUUAACUGUUAGUAAAAAUAAACUCGAGUUUGGAUCGUGACUAGACAAAUAACUCGCGUUCAAAUUGAUCCACGCCAGCGUGACCUCCACUCAUAGGUGGUCAGCAGACUUACCCAAACAACUUACGCUCAACUCCUCAGUGCAACCAACCUUUGGUGUGUGAAUUUCGACGUUUUUACAGUCUUUUUCCACGUCUUUUCAGGUAAAUUGAUCUUAAUUGUCACUAUCUGUAACAUUAUUUUAGAUUCCAUUACAUUUUAGUGUUCUUAGAACCUUUUCUGGUCCGUUUUUAGCCUCUAAUGUCCGAAUGAACUGUUAUGGAUCUUCGAUGUAAUGACCGGCGCCGACCAAUAUACAUGUUCAAACUGUAGAGUUGAUGGUUGAUGGAAAUGCAUUUUACAGCGGCUAUGCUCUGUCUUAAAACUUAAGAUUAUGACAGAUAGUUAAACCACUGAAAAAAUUUGAAAUUUAAAUCUGUGUGGAAAGAGCGAAAAUACGAACUAAUUGUUGAGUGUUCUGUGGGGACGAAAUUAUAUGCCCGGUCAAAAUUUAUAAUCUUUAACUGGCUGAAAAUCGUCCAGUACCGUGUAAAUUUAUUCCCCAAAGGUUGUAGAGGUAGAGGUCAAGGUAUUUAAACUUAUAAUAGCUAUGAUGCAAACAUUUUACCAGUGGAAAAUGAUUUGAGGCUUAAUCAAAAUCGUACUGAAUGUAAAACUUCCUCUAAGGUUGCUCUUUUGUUACAGGACCUGAACAAUCGAUGAAAAUCGAUGAUUGGAAAAUCGAUCGAUCAAUCGAUGACAAUCGAUUAAUUACUGUUGAUUAGCAUCGAUUGGCAUCGGUCAAUCGAUGAUCAAUCGAUAAUCACACUUAGGUGGUCGUGAACUUCAUUGAUUGCCAUCGAUUGGCACUAAAUUCAUGUCUCCGUAUCUUCAGGUAUCGUGGGAGUGUACGCACAUCGUAUAUUAUUUUUAAACCUCAGUAGCAAAGUUUGAGAAUUGUUCAUUGAUGUGGCUCCAUGAAAAACAGCACAAAUAAUUAAGACAAUUAACAUAUCUUGUUGUCAGUAGUACAAACUUGAUCGAUUUAGCUUCGAGUUCAUUGCAAAGAUUCAACUGGGCGGGGACGCAGUCGUCGUUAAAACAUGAUAAAGCUUAUUGUUAUUUCUUUUUCUUCUUCUAGUUUCUUUAUAUGUCUGUGUGGACGUCCUUGUCCACCUUGAUCUUCCAUGUGGAAUUCUCAAAUAUAAAGCAGUGAUAUCAAAAUGUGUAACUUUAUUAGUACUUGAUGAAAUUGACAAUUGAAAUGUUUGACUGAAUAGGUAAUCGAUUGAUAUUGCAUAUUGAUAACAAUCUAUUAUGUUAAUUGAUCGAUUCCGAUCGAUUAUCGAUUGAUAUUGAUAAUUGAUGAUGAUCAAUAAUCACAAAAAUUUUCGUUAUCGAUUGCCAUUGAUUAUCGAUUUUGUUGAUUGUUCAGGUCCUGGUUGUUAAUACAGGUGAUUUUAACUUUGAUCAACUUUAUGUCAUAACUGUUAAGGUUUGAUGUGAUGGCUACGAAACUUUGAGAAGACUUACAGCUAUCAUUCGGCAAUAAUUCUAUUUUGUUUGUGAAAAAAAAUUUUUGUUUAACUCUGUAAGACCCAAAAUCUGCAUUAAUACAAAUUCUCAAGACUGAUUUCCAUAUAUUUCCUUGAAGAAUUAGUUGAGAGAAUUUGAUAAAAUAUCAAAGCAUUUCCCUUAAGUGAUCAUUAUCUCAAGUAAUUCCCAUAAAUCUUUUCCUUUUGAUGAUGCGUUAGCAUUGUGAGGAGAAAAUUGAUGUUGGUCACUCUUGGGUCUUAAAGAGUAAAGUGGGCUCUGCUUUUCGAAGGAAAUUGCAUCUAAUGAGAAAUUUUGCUGAUAUUUUUGGUAGAAAUGUUUGGUAUCAGCUUUUAUACCAAAUAAAUUUCAAAUUACACAGCAAAAUUUGCUGACAUAACAACAGUGUUGUACCCAGCUCCCACAAAUGCUCAGUAAUGGGACGUAAGUGAGAACAUUAAACAGCAAAGAGGACUAACUUUAAACAGCUGUGGAAUUGUGGGGAUUUUAUCAAUCAUGUUAUUGGUAGUUUUUUGCAAACCUGUCACAAGGACAAUAUUAUCAUAAGAUUUGAUUUAGCAAAAACCAUUUUUAGGGGUUAGUUCCACUUUAAGCAGUGUGAUAAUUGAUUAUAGGAAAAGUAAAAUUGAUUAUUGCUGAAAGUGAACAGAAUUGUUGUUAACAAAAAAUUUCAAAACUUGUGUUAUCUAUUUUAUGAUGUCAUAAUGCAGAUCUAUAUUAUAAUCCUACUUGAUGACCCAUUUCUGAUACAUUCUGUAUGUUUUUGCCAUGAUCAUUUUCUAGAAAAUGACACAACGGCUGUGCUUAAUUCUCUCUAUUGGUUUGUAAGGUUUUUUUUCAUUCACAAAAUAUUUAUCUUUAAGGUCUUGUGUUUUUGCAAUAGUAUUUUCCCUGUUAUUUUCCCAUUUUAUUCCUAAGUAAUGGCACCUCCGGUUCUCCGUGGAUUUGUACAGAGGCACCUUAGGAAUGCUAUUGCAAGGUCUAUAGCCUUUGGUAUGGUGGGUGGAUGUAUAUGGAAGUUUGGUGUUGCUGAUCCCAAGAGAAAACAGUAUGAAGACUUUUACAAGAACUAUGAUGCAGAAAAAGUGGCCAAAGAAAUAGAAGCAGAAAUGGAACCUCUUUCAUAG